AUGAAAUCAGUUGAUAAUAAUGAAUCACAACAGUAUGAAGAGCCUGAAUUCAAACUCUGGUUACAGAUUAUAUUACAUCCAGUGCACCCAGUUAGCAAUGGAGAUUCCAAUUUUCAUUUACAACUAGAGGAUUCAUUAAGUAACCAGUCAGCUGAGAUCUACAUCCCAACUACAAUAAAUGAUCUGUUGGAGGUUCUAGUCCAUGUGCAUGUGGAGCCUGAUGAAAUGCUGGAUCACUUUACACUCACUUUAGAAUUAUGGUGCAAAAAAUCAGAAAUAUCUCACCAAUACUAUGAGACAUCUCUCACAUUUAAUUUAUUCUUUCAGAAUCCUGUGGCUCUUUUGUCAUUACUGGCAAGGUCUCCUGUAUUUCACAAGAAGAUACAUAUUGAACAUCAGUCUUUUCUUCCAAUUUUGUUUGUUUCAGAUAUAAUAAUGCUGCAUAGACUGGCCUGCACAAAACUCAGUGAAAUUGUUCUUAUUAUCCAGUAUACUAUUACUGCCAGCAGCUUUGAUAAAAGAAUUCAUUUACUGAGAUCUCUGCUUUGCCUGAACAAGCUGCUCUUACUGGAAGAUCAGAAAACUCACAUCAUACAUGAAGAUAAUAUUCUAGCUCAACUGGAUGUCUAUCUUGACUACACUUUUAACAGAUUAGGUAGCUAUAAACCCUCAGAAAUAAAUGAGUUCUUUGUACAGCAACUCUAUCAAGAGAACUAUAUCUAUUCUCUUCCUGCUGUUCAUUGA